AUGAAACUCUUAUGCUUCGGGAAAUUUCUAAAUGCCCUUUGUUUGAUUUGCGCUAAAAAAGAAACCAGCGAAACAUCUGCAUCCAGCUCAGAAAAAUUGGCUGAAACGAAGCAAAAUGACCCUUACCAUAACCAAGAAAAUUCAAUUGAAGCGAGUAAUCGGACAUGCAAUUCUAUCAAAAAUUUUGAACAGCCACAAGAAAUGGUAGGAGAUAUAGAACAAACCUUUACAUUUGGGCAAAAAACAUUUUCCGAUGCUUGUAAAGUAUAUGAGGGAAAUUCUGACAGUCUUAAUCCUACUGCUAAGAAAAAGUCAAAACCGAAGCAGAAAAAGAAAAAGAACACAAAAAAUACAAUUGAUAAAAUAUAA